AGGUCUCGCCCUGGAUCGAGCUUUGGCGGAAGACGCAGAGCAUGACCACUUUCGGUGACAAGGUGCGGGCACUCGCCUACGGCCCCGGCUGGACCCCCGGAAAACCGCGCCUCGGGGAUCCCGCCGACCUGCCUGACGUGCGAGGACGCGAGAAGCUCCAGCUGUCCCUCCCGUCGUGGUUCUCGGCGUACAUGCUGGUCAACAGCGCCCUCAUCUUCUUCUCCUACUUCGAGAUGAUGGGCAGGCUGAAGAACCUGGGAACCUGGCCUCCUCUGGUGAACCUGGCCUACAUAUUCUUUUCGUACACCGCCCUCGGGGGCUUAUAUGAAGGGCGUCUCUACGGCGCGAUUCUGGAGCUCGUGCGCCUCCUGACUUUCUUCGCGCUGUCCUACGUGAACCCGUUGUUCGGCGGAGCCGCCUCCCUGAAGAUGGUAUCGUGGGUCAACCUCCUCAGUGUGUUCUUAUGGCCUGCCGUGGCGGUCUUUACCUGCAGACGAGCCGAGAAGGCCAUGACUCCGGAAGGCCCAGGCGAGGACGUCAAGGCCAAAGAUCACUGAACGACGCGCGAGAACGGCAGCUGUUUGCAGAGCCUGAUUUCGAGGUUAUUAUUCCCCUUGCUUCACAGGUCAUGUUGAAAGUUCAACGGCUGUUUAUGUGUCUUUUUUCUCUGCGGAGGCCUCGGGC